AUGCUGAAAACAUCAGACGUGCUCCUUCUCUUCUGUCUUGUUGGGGCAGCGAAUGCCCUGUACAAGCAGUGGAUUCCUGACACCAACUAUGAGAAUAAGACCAACUGGGACAAAGAAGAAGUUCCGUGUGGCAAUGACAUAGUCAAGUUUUCAGCCCAGAGAAAAGUGUCUGUGUUUGUGGAGACCACGCAUGCUGUGCAGGAGAUGAAAUUGCCAGUUGAUGGAGAGUUCAUCCUGAAUUCAGGAGCUGGAUUUUAUGUCGUGGCCGGUCAAGAUCCAGGAUGUGGAGCAGGUGUCACAACCCAGUUCAAAGAUUCAGAGUCUCUUCAGUGGUUCAACCCAGCUCUGUGGCAGGCGGCUGCAGCUCUCGAUGACCUGCAGCGUGGAAACUUCCUGUUCUCAGUCCACGAGGAGAGCGUCCCGUGCCAGUAUGAUGAUGUGGUUUUUAAAGCCCGCUCCUCUUUCAGGGUGGACACCAGCUCCAGUCAGUCUAGCAUUCCUGUCAAAUCUGUGUCUGUGCUGGGGAAGAUGUUUGAUAGCCAGCCUGAGUUCUCCCAGUAUGUCAGCUCACGCUCGGGCCGACUGCAGUUUCACGGACCCUCUGCCGUCACUGUUGGGAAACCGGGCUGUGGGGAUCCUUCUGGCUGUGACUGUGGGAAUUCUGUAAACCAUCAGCGGAUCUGUGGCACUGUAAAAUGUGCCUCUCUGAGCUGUAAAAAGCCUCUCCUCCCUCUAGGACACUGCUGUGAUGUUUGUGGUGCCAUUGCCACUAUCCAUUAUGCUGCUGCUUUUAACCUGCAAUCUUACAGGCAACGAAUCCAUCACCUAUUUCUUGUCCUGCCAAAAUACAAAUCCAUUCAGCUGGGCAUGUCUAAAGUCUUCAAGUCACAGCGGUUCAUGGGGAUCAUCCCUUUUGGUACCUCACCUGAGAUCCAGGUGGUUAUCCUGGAUGGAGAGAAGGGAAAACAGUCAGAAGCUUUGGCCCGGGACAUUGUGAAGGAUGCCCGAUCUCAUGGCUCUACCUUGGGGAUCACUGGGGCAGAAUUUGAAGCCUCCUCUGGGAGCAGCAGUGGUCAGUCUGGAGGCAGUGCUGGGAUGGUGGUUGGAGUUGUGUUUGGUAUUUUAAUUAUUAUUGCGUUCAUUAUCAUUAUGGUUCUCUUGAUUCAUAAGGGGGUUGUUCAAAUGCCAUCACUGCCUCCGCUGCCAUCUCUGAGCAGCUUGAAGAGACACAGUGAUGUUGGAGAGCUUGGUGGUCCACUUGACCAUGGCUAUGAUAAUCCAAUGUUCGACAAGCCCAGCUUGAUGCCUGAAGUUCCUGGUCUGUAUGUGACUGAAACAAAUAAUUCAAUCUCCCUGACUCAGACAGGUGUACACUUCAUAAAUCCAGUUUAUGACGAGAAUGAAACUGAUUUCAAUGCAUGAAGUUGACUGCAGUGAACGUAAGGUAUGUUAAUAAUUUCCAAUGUACCUUUGUAUUAAACUGAUGAUUUUACAGACCUGUACUAAAGCUUUAUCAUUCAGCUACGUAAAUAAACAUAUAAAGGUUCUGACAGACACUGAAGCUUUUAAUAACCAAAUGCACUUGUAAGAGAAAUAAAGUACUCAUUGGCAGA